CGAGGUUAUCAGAUCAUUCGUACCUAAUUGGAAAAAAUCGGAAAGUUUACCUUUGGUCUUUAUCUUCUCAGACGAUACUAAGACUGCCAUAAAGAUGUUUGAAGAAGAUCAAUCAUUUUAUCCUCCUUCUCAACGUUUUCAUUUACUAAGUUCGCCUGACACUGUGAAGCUGACUGAUGAUGGUUUUGAUCAAGCCAAGUUUGAUUCAUCAUCACCUGAAUUAAGAAAAAGACUUACAAUCUCCUUGAUUAGAGAUAUCACAUUCGCCGUUGAUAAUUCAGAAGCUAUCGUUUGUAGUUCUUCUAGUAACAUCUGUAAUAUGAUGUUUCUUCUACGUGGAUCUGAAGAUGCUAUUGGACCUCAAGCUUCAAUCAGAAGUGUAGACGUUAGAUGGUAUCCUACUGUUACUAUACAUGAGAUGAAUCAAUGGAGUCUUGAUAUGAUCAAGAAUAGGAAAGAGAUCUUGGAAAUGGCUCCUGGCUUGGCAGCUGAUAAGAAAAAUUAUAUAUAUCUUUGACACCCAAUUUUUUUCUUCUUCUACAUUGCAUUAACGUAUCUUGUAAAAAAAUUCAACAAAGGAACCAAAACGUGAACAUUCUUUCACAAGCAAAACCUCACCAGAGAUGCUUUUUUCAAUCAUUUAAUGACAAUGUAAUCUUUUUCCAAAUCU